AUGGUGGUUGUUUAUGACGUUAUUCACAUUCUAUCUAAGCUUCCACCAGAAUCUCUUCUUCGAUUCAAGUCUGUUUGCAAAUCUUGGUAUGCUCUUAUCAACGACCCUAAAUUUGUAACUAAACAUCUUUUAGAUUCUUUUUCCCACAAACAAGUUCUCAUUAAGCGUGUCAUCACCAACAACUCUGGCAAAAAAGAGCACGUGUUCUCCAUCCUCAAAUUUUCUCUUGAUCGAUCUGUGUCAUCUGUUCUCAACGUUCCUCUACCAUUUCCUGAGAAUCUUCAAGCUUUUCAAAUUAGGGGCCAUUCUCACGGCUUAAUUUGUCUAAUUAGUGUUGAUAAUCCUGAUAUUUUUCUUUCUAAUCCCAUGACGAGGCAGUUUCAUAAACUUCCACCAACAAUUAUUGUGGACCCUGAACCUCAAGAUGUUGAUUUAAUGCCAGAGGCUAUCGGGUUUGGGUAUGAUGUGAAAUGUGGGAAUUUCAAAGUGGUUAGAGUUGUGAGUCAUUGGAUUGACUUGUUUGUUAUCCUUCGAGAGUGGAAAUUUAUGAUUUGA